AUUAAGAUAAUUUUAAAUGGUUAUUUAGUUUUUUUUAUGUCAAUGACUGGUGUAAUAGGUAACAUUUUAGUCAUCAUUGUUGUGUACUGUCAAGGGUUGAAGGAUACACCACAAAUAUUGAUGAUGUCAUUAGCAGCAUCGGACGCCCUCUUUUCAACAGCUACUCUAGUAAUGCAUUUUCCUGAUAUAAUUUUCAUUGUUGAUUCUUAUCUGGCUACAACAUUUUUGACUUAUAUUAACGUGUACGUUGUAGAGAUUUAUUAUUUUACUAUCGUUCUGAGUUUUUGUACAUUUCCACUCAUCUCAUUUGAACGCUUGAUUGCUGUGUAUUUUCCUUUUCAGGUGUCUAGAAUUUGCACACCUAUCCGCAUAAAAUGUAUACUUAUGUGUUUAUACGUUUAUUCAUUGGCAACCACUAUAAUUUCAGUUUCAUUUUUUUUCCCUGUCUGGUUACAAGACCCAUCAAGUAACGAUUCUUAUGCUGUAAUUGCUCGAACAAAUUUUUUUCAAACCAAUUUUGAAGUAAUAAUUGUAUAUGAAACAAUAACUUUAAUGUACCUACUCUCAAUUAUUCCAGUAUUUCUAACAACAAUCUGUUGUUUAAUGAUUAUUGUGAAAUUGGUACGAAAUUCAAGGUCACGUUUGUCACAAGCCAAAAUCAAAACCAAGAACUCUCGAAACAUGCAAGUUGUAAAAAUGUUACUGACAGUGUGUAUGAUGUCUUGUCUCUCAAGUAUUCCCACUGUAGCUAUUGACCUAUUUAAUCAAGCAGGACGUGAACAAGUAAGGAAUAUGUCAGAAAACUUUUACAUUGUGUUGCAGACAGUAAAUCAGAUUCUUUAUCAAGUAAGCCCGACUUCAAACUUUUUCAUUUAUUUAAUCAUGAGCUCAAAAUUUUCAGCAACAUUCAAGAAAAUGUUUCAACAUUACAAAAAAUAA